CGGGCGUAGACUGUUUCGGGCCAUACACGAUAAAGAUAGGUCGUAGAAGAGAGAAACGCUGGGGAAUUAUCUACAAGUGUCUUACAACUAGAUGUGUGCAUCUCGAUCUCCUCCCUAGUCUUGACACCGAUUCCUUCCUUAUGUCAUUACGCAGAUUUAUCGCACGCAGAGGAAAGCCAUACGAGAUGUGGUCUGAUCAAGGAACCAAUUUCAGAGGUGGUCAUAGAGAACUCCAAGCAGCGUUUGAAAACAUGGAGCCUGACCUCAAGCAGCAACUAGCCACGCAGGCUAUCAACUUCUGCUUCAAUCCCCCACACUCGCCUCAUUUCGGAGGAGCCUGGGAAAGGGAAAUCAGAGCAGUGAAGUCAGCUCUGCAAGUAGUCCUGAAGGACCAAGUUGUGGCAGAAGAAGUCCUACUCACAGCUCUCAUAGAGGUUGAGGGCAUUUUGAACUCAAAACCGCUUGGCUAUGCAUCGGCUGACAUAGCCGACCCAGAUCCCAUCACACCAAAUCUUCUCUUGAUGGGGCGGCGUGAUUCGGCACUACCCCAGGCAGUCUACGGCCCCUCAGGCACUCUUUCGACCAGAAGAUGGAUACACAGCCAGGUCAUCAGUGACCACUUCUGGAAGCGGUUCAUACAGAACUACCUCCCAGGACUGCAACUCCGACAGAAAUGGAGGAAGUCCACUGACAACAUGACCGUGGGACAAGCUGUUAUGAUUGUAGACUCUAAUCUACCUAGAGGCCUCUGGCCUGUGGGUACCAUUUCCCAAGUUUUCCCAGGGACUGAUGGUGUUGGUCGGGCUGCCGAAGUCAAGGUUAAAGACAGUCUCUAUGUUCCCCCGGUUACUAAGCUAGUGGGACUCCCCAAAGUCCCUGAGGACUUAGAUGAUACUGUUCUGCAAUAGCUUGACUUUAGCAUGUGUGUAUUUGUAUCCAUACAAAUACAGGGGCGGCUGUUAAAAGUCCGCUUUCCAGAGGAAAAAUGUUUGUGAACACCGUUUAGACUACAUUACCCAUGAUGCUUCUCGGUAUCUGUACUUCCCGUUGGGAACGUGUUCAGCGCAGUUCAGCACAGCUGAAAGGUGUUGGAUGAUCAGCGUUUUUCUCGUGCGUUCCUGUGUGAGUUACCCUUGGUGUGCGUGUUUAUCAUAUUACCACACCCACAUACUCCUGCACACUCACACUCCCUUUACCUGCAUUCAUAGAUGGGAAUGCAAUUGCCUCACCACUAAUGUUGUACAGCCUGUUGAUGUCAUCUGCUACCUCUUUAAUAAAACUACUUGGACUACAUCACU